CUUCCAUUCUAGUAAAAUCUUUGGGUAAGUGGUGGGAACAGGAUUAAAUCCACCCUGUAUUUCUGUGUCUGAAGACGACAGCGGAGACUACCAAGUGUUCCGUUCCAUUCAGUUCCGGAUCUAUUCUUUCUUCUUUCUUUUGUGUGUCGGGAACUAACAUGGUUGGUUGUAUUGCACUCCCUUAAUAGUAACAGUAAUUCAUAUGCAUCAGCAGCAGCGUUCAUUUGUGGCUGCCGCAAAAUCUCAUCUUUCUUUUGAGCUUUCUCUGAUAUUGGAGAAAGUAGUAGCACAAUGUGAUCCUUGCUUCUGUUUAACCUGCCCCGACAGUUCAGACUUGAUUGUCUCCUGGCUUCUUUUGAUUUGAUUAUCCCAAUUCCCAAAGUCUAGACGCAUACUACAGUCGCCGCCGGAAAACAAGAAAGAAGAUAACAGGAGGAUGAUGUUGCCUUCUUCUUCUUCCUCCUCCUCCUCCUCUGGUGAUCAGCAGAAAAUGUCCCUUCGCUCCAUGCUAGCCACCAGGCUCACCCGCCUCAAUAUCCCAACAUCUACUCCUGCUGCUGCUGAUCCGGACCUCGAUUUCUCCGAACUCUUUGGCCCUGUGAUGCUUCCCACUUCCUCCUCCUCCCCCUCCGCUGCCCCUAUCUUACUGGGCGAGCCGCAAGUCAUUCGUAACCGCUCCCAUUCCUUCGUGGGCCCUUCUCCAAGAUUCACCUCCUCAAAGUCCCUACCUUUUCUCCAACAGGAAUUUCAGCUCGAUGACUCUGAUGACGAGGACGAUGAAAGCGGAAAAAUUGAAGAGGUCAGCGGUGGACCAGGGCCUCAAGAGGAUCAUCUCAAUACUAGUAACAAUACUACUGCUGCUGCUACUACUCAGGAGGACGAGGACGAGGAGGAGGAGGCAAAACAAGUGAUGAAGAAGAUUGGGCCGGGGGACUUCGAAAUAUUGAGGGUCAUUGGAAAGGGUGCAUUUGGGAAGGUUUUUCAGGUUAGAAUGAACAGGGGUGUAGUUAUCAACGGUGAUGGGAUUUUCGCAAUGAAAGUCAUGAGGAAGGAAACUAUUAUCAAGAAUAAUCACGUGGAUUACAUGAGGGCUGAGAGGGAUAUUCUCACCAAAGUUGUGCAUCCUUUCAUUGUUCAGCUUAGAUACUCUUUUCAGACAAAAUCUAAGCUUUACCUAAUCUUGGAUUUUAUAAAUGGAGGACAUCUUUUCUAUCAUCUCUACAGACAGGGGAUCUUCAGUGAGGACCAGGCAAGGGUUUAUACAGCUGAGAUAGUAUCUGCCGUUUCACACCUUCACCAGAGUGGAAUUGUUCAUCGAGACCUUAAACCUGAAAACAUUCUGAUGAAUGCUGAUGGGCAUGUGAUGCUCACUGAUUUUGGACUUGCCAAGGAGAUUGAUGAAUCAAGUCGAUCCAAUUCCAUGUGUGGGACAACAGAAUACAUGGCUCCAGAAAUCUUACUGGCCAAAGGCCAUAAUAAAGCUGCAGAUUGGUGGAGCGUGGGGAUACUUUUGUAUGAAAUGCUCACUGGAAAGCCACCAUAUGUCCAUUCGAGCAGAAAGAAGCUUCAGGAGAGAAUCAUCAAUGAAAAGUUGAAGCUUCCACCUCGCUUGAGUAGCGAAGCUCAUUCUUUGCUCAAAGGAUUGCUACAGAAAGACCCAUCCAAAAGAUUGGGCAGCGGGCUCAGGGGAGGAGAUGAAAUCAAGUCUCAUAAAUGGUUUCGGUCAAUCAACUGGAAGAAAUUGGAAGGCAGAGAACUUCAGCCUAAGUUCAAGCCAGAUGUGAGUGGCAAGGAUUGCACUGCAAAUUUUGAUAGAUGUUGGACGACAAUGCCUCCAGAUGAUUCACCAGCUGCCACCCCUACAUCAGGCGAGCUCUUUCAAGGGUACACUUAUGUAGCACCCAACCCGUGGCUUUCUUCUCAAUGAACCAAAGCUUACUAAAGAAUUCGAAGAAAGCCUUGGAAACUGUCUCACCUUAUUUCUCUUUCGAUGCAAUGCGACAUAAAGAUGACUGGUCUGUCUA